GUCCCUCAUCUCCCUGGUUCAGUCCUUCGUCCAUCCCCGCGCUGAGGAGCUCCUGGCUCUGGAUUUCGAGCGGGUCGGGCGGCUGCACUACAAGGGUGGCCUCAACCUGGAGCACUCCAAGGAGGGCUGGUUCGCCCUGGCCGGCUCCGAGCUCCACGGCUGCUUCCAGGACAGUGAGAGGCAGGAACCUCUCCAGCUGCGCAAGCUGCAGGAGCUCUCCAUCCAGGGAGACAACGAGGUGCUGGUGUUGGUGGAGAGACGGAGAACGUUGUACAUCCAAGGGGAGAGGAAGUUGGAUUUCCUGGGCUGGGUCCAGGCCAUCCAGAAGGCUUCAAGCAGCUCUGGGGACACCUUGUCAGAACAGCAGUUGACUGAGUUGGAUGUCCCAUUGUUGGUGGAUCGUUGCAUCGAUUACAUCACCCAGUGUGGCCUGACAUCUGAAGGUAUCUACCGCAAGAGUGGGCAGAACUCCAAGACCACCAACCUGCUGGAGAUGCUGCGGCGGGACGCCCGCAGUGUUCGGCUGAAGGAGGGUGAACACCAGGUGGAUGAUGUUGCCAACACCCUCAAACGCUUCUUCCGUGACCUUGGAGAUGGGCUCUUCACCCAGCAGUGGGGUCAGGACUGGUUACAGGCCACGGCGCUGGAGGAUGAGGAGGAGAAGGUUGGCGAGUACCGGCGGCUCCUGGCCACCCUCCCCACGGUGAACCGGGCCACGCUGAAGACUCUCAUCAACCACCUCUUUCGGGUCCAACUCUUCUCUGGGGAGAACCAGAUGAACACACACAACUUGGCCAUCGUCUUUGGGCCCAAGGAUGGGAAGGACUACAAGGCAGGACGUGUGGUGGAGGACCUCAUCACUCACUACGUGAAGAUCUUUAAUGUCAAUGACCAAGAGAUGAAGAAGCAGCAGGAUGAGAUCAUGGCCAUCAUGAAGAUGCGGGAGGCAGCGUCCAGUGGGACACAGCAAGCUGGGGACUUCAUCUGCACUGUCUACCUGGAGGAGAAGAAGACAGAGACAGAGCAGCACGUCAAGAUCCCGGCCACCAUGACAGCUGAGGAGCUCACCUUGGAGAUCCUGGACAGGAGGAAAAUCAUCAUGAAGGAGAAGGACUAUUGGAGCUGCUUCGAAGUGAACGAGAGGGAGGAGGCAGAACGUCCCUUGCACUACUCGGAGAAGGUCCUGCCCAUUGUCCAUGGCCUGGGCACAGAGAGCUACCUGGUGGUGAAGAAGCAGAUGUCCAUGGAGAACAUGCUCAUCUACCUUG